AUGAUUCCAGUUCUAAGUGGCGACGACGCAAAUUUGUAUCUUGGACAGAAAGCACGCGGGGACCUUCAACGUCGGUUUGUAAGAACUGGCAAUCGCAUCAGUGCAGCGUGGGGCAAAUUCAAUAAGUUGAGGCGUGUACUCGUGAACAAGCAUUUGUCAAUCAAAGGCAGACCGAAGCUCUUCAACGCCGUGGUAAUUCCUGCGGCACUGUUCGGGCUUUCUACUUUGCCAGUGACGUCACGCCAACUUGAACAGCUUGAUAUUUGCCAACGGAAAAUGUUACGGUGCAUUGUUGGAUGGCGUCGUGACGGGGAUGAAAGUUGGGAGGAGACGAUGCGACGCAUGAACGCUCGGGUAUCCUCUGCUCUCCAACAACAUCCAGUGCUUCCUUGGUCCAGCGCCCAUCAUGCCAAUCAACGCCGGUUCGUGAUGAACCUGACUGUCAAGAAUGCCUGGCCAACUUGGAGCCCAACGUCCCAGCACGUGAAGCAUAUGCGCGUGGUUCAGCGGACCCGAGCCCGGAAGAGAGUGGGCAGGAGCACAAAGGCGUCGGUAAACAAGAACUCUUCCUACUCGCGCCGCGCUUGCUGCUCUGCCACACUCGCGAACCGGGCACAGUUGGCUGCGAGGCACUGUUGCAGCGAUCGCGCGACUUCCUUGCUGGACGCUGGGGGGCUCUGCUCGGGGCUACGCACGCGGCCGCGGCCGCACUGCAUGCUGGCUUCGCAUGUCGACAAUGAAGCCAGUCGCGAACGGCGUCGGGCACUCGCGUGCGCCAACGUGCGGCGCGGAAAAGUGUCGCGGGCGCCGGCGCCCGCCAGUGCCCCUGCACGACGUGCCUGCUGCCCUCCUCAAAUCCUCUACUUCCAACCGGAUGCCCCGGCCGUGCUCACUGACGCCGCCGCGGAGGGGCUGUCGGGCGCCACGUGUGAGCAGUACAAGUUGUUGGUCGACGACGCGGAGGCGCUCGAGCUGUUCACGUACGCGGCCAACCUCCUCGUCACCGCACACGUCCCUGCAGACACUGCAAGCGGCUUGGGCCUGUCACGUUUCACCGCGCUUAAAAAGGGGGUAUUGAUGCGCGCGCUCGCUGCAUGCUGCCAGCAGCUCGCCGCCAGCCUCGCAAACAGUUGUCACCAGCCAGAGCUUGCGGCGCCGGCGAGUGGGACGAACAACCAGGCGGGCCGGCUUCACAUCACGACCCCCGCGCGGGUGGCAGGUCGUAGGCAUGCACGUGGGGUGAUCGUCCAAUGCAUCAGGUGCUCCGGUGAUCGGGCCGGGCUGCCGUCCGCGGGCACAGCACAAACGUCUGGCGAUGGAGGACCACUGCAUGUUACGGUGAGGGAGCUCAACGAAGUCGACCCUGCGUUGCGUGCGUGGAACCUAUGUCCGGGCAGUGUCCAGGCGUUGAGCCGUUGCUGGCCCUUCGAGACCUCAUGCACAGCCGGCGCUGGUCGGAUAUGA